AUGGCGAGGACGCUGGAGGUGAUCUACCCGGCGAGGAUGCGGCCAGAAGUGGUGGCCGGCACUGGGAUGACACCUGUACUAGAAUUUGACUAUCUCAUCUGUGGAGACUGUGGCAAAGAAUUCAUGGAUUCCUACCUUAUGCAGCACUUUGAUUGGGCAACAUGUGAUAAUUGCAGAGAUGCUGAAGAUAAACAUAAGCUUAUAACAAGGACAGAAGCAAAAGAAGAGUAUCUUCUCAAAGACUGUGACUUAGACAAGAGGGAACCAGUGCUCAGGUUCAUUGUGAAGAAAAACCCUCAUAAUUCACGAUGGGGUGACAUGAAACUUUAUUUAAAACUACAGGUAAUCAAGCGUUCUCUUGAAGUUUGGGGUAGUGAAGAAUCAUUGCAAGAAGCAAAGGAACUCCGCCGUGACAGCAGAGAGAAGAUGAAACAGAAGAAGUUUGAUAAGAAAGUUAAAGAACUCCGCCGUGCUGUAAGGAGUAGUUUGUGGAAGAGAGACACUACUAUCCAUGAACACGAGUAUGGACCAGAAGAAAAUAUUGAUGAAGAGACAUACAAAAAGACAUGUACUGUAUGUGGCCAUGAAUUAACUUAUGAGAAGAUGUAGUGUUAAUAUAUUUUUAAAAAAUUUCAUUAUCUUUUUGAUGGUAUUUUUUUAUUAAAUCAAAUAAAUGCUAAUUAUGAACAAGCUGUUGCCAAA